AUGACGACGAGCCAGGACGUGGUUGUUUCGGAGAUGGGCAUUGGGGCGGGUGGGGCGGCCAUGCCGGGCUCCGGCGCCGCGGGCCUCUUCGCGUGCCGCAGCGCCGCCAGCGCCGGAGCCAUGUCCAUGCGGCAGACGUACCGCGACCUCGCCGCCGCCGCCUCGCGCUCCGCGAACUGCACAUGGGCCGAGCUCGAGGCCAUGCGCGCCGCCUCGCCCACCCGCUCCCGCCCCGGCACCGACGUCGACGAGCUCACGGCCUGGAUGAGGAAGCACCCGUCGGCGCUAGGCAAGUUCGAGCAAAUCGCCAGCGCGUCCAAGGGGAAGAAGAUCGUCAUGUUCCUGGACUACGACGGCACCCUCUCGCCCAUCGUCGCCAACCCCGACGCCGCCUACAUGAGCGACGCGAUGAGGGAGGCGGUGCGCGACGUUGCCAAGCACUUCCCGACGGCGAUCGUGAGCGGGCGGUGCCGCGACAAGGUGCACAACUUCGUCGGCCUCUCCGAGCUGUACUACGCCGGCAGCCACGGCAUGGACAUCAAGGGGCCAGGCUCCAAUCCGGAGUCUGUGCUGUGCCAACCUGCAAGCGAGUUCCUCCCCAUGAUCGAUGAGGUGUACAAGGUGCUUGUGGAAAAGACGAAGUCCACACCUGGAGCCAAGGUGGAGAACAACAAGUUCUGCCUGUCCGUCCACUUCAGAUGUGUGGAUGAAAAGAGAUGGAACUUCUUGGCUGAGCAGGUCAAGGCCGUGAUCAAGGACUACCCCAUGCUGAAGCUCACCCAAGGGAGGAAGAUCUUGAUCAAGAUCGGAACCUCCAUUUGUUUACAGGUCUUCGAGCUCCGGCCCAGCAUUAUGUGGGACAAGGGCAAGGCGCUGGAGUUCUUGCUUGAAUCGCUAGGAUUCGCCAGCUGCAGCGACGUCCUGCCGGUGUACAUCGGCGACGACCGCACCGACGAGGACGCCUUCAAGGUGCUGAGGAAGAGGGGCCAGGGCGUGGGGAUCCUGGUGUCCAAGUGCGCCAAGGAGACCAGCGCGUCCUACUCGCUGCAGGACCCGGCGGAGGUCAUGGAGUUCCUGCUCCGGCUGGUGGACUGGAAGCGGAGGUCGUCGGCGCCGCCCAUGGUCCGGCCGCGGGUGUAA